UUUUGUCUUCAACCUCGUCGAGCUCAAUUGACAAAAUGGCUCCGAGUCGCACAACGAAGAGAAGACGCGUCAGUCCCCCUGCUGAUGAGGGUAGUGGCUCGCAAGCCAAGAAGGACUUUUACAGCAACGCCGCCGAAUGGGACCUCGAACAGGAUUAUGAGCGCCGUCCACGCAAAUUGGGCAAAAAGGACAAGGAGCGAACACGGUUACCCAUUAAGACGGCGGAAGGAUUCCAGAAUGUCGAAGAGGACGAACCUGAGGCUGCCGAAGAGACCGAUAGCUUUCUGGGCACCGACGACGAUGACGAGGGCGAGCUACCGGAUGCCGACGAAGGGAUCGAAGAAGAACCCGAGGAGGAGAAACCGAAAAUCCCCUUGAAGAUACAGAUCAUUCAAGCGAAGGAAGAAAUUGCAAAGGCGGCCACGUUGAUCAACGAGGACCCCGAGGAGCAUCUCUCCUCGUUCAAGACAAUGGCCGAGAUGGUGGAGAAGGGCUCGCAUGUCGCAAUCAAGAAAUUGGCUCUGGCCGCACAGGCUGCCAUCUACAAGGAUGUCAUCCCCGGGUACCGCAUCCGUCCUCUCAGUGACGAAGACAUGUCCGGCAAGAUCUCCAAGGAAGUGCGCAAACUCCGCACGUUCGAACAGACCCUUGUUUCGGGAUACAAGAACUAUGUGAACACGCUGUCGGAACUCACCAAGCCCGCUAAAAAAGGCCAGGCAGAGGUUGAUGCCAGCCUCAAGAGCAUUGCCAUCAACUGCGCCUGUAGCCUCAUCCUCUCCGUGCCGCAUUUCAACUUCCGCAGCGAACUAUUGAAGAUUCUUAUCAAUCGCCUUGCGCGCAAGAAGGUCGAUGACGACUUUAUUAAAUGCCGCGAUACCCUCGAAGAUGUCUUCCACCGAGACGAUGACGGAAUCGUCUCGCUCGAAGCGGUGCGUAUGUUGUCGAAGAUGAUGAAAGCCCGGGAUUACAACAUCCAGGAAAGCGUUCUGGACACAUUCCUCCACCUGCGUCUGCUAUCCGAAUUCUCCUCCAAGGCAUCCCGGGACCGAGUCGAUCGUGGCGAGGACGAAGAGAACAACUUCGGCGGCAAGAAACCUAAGCAGAAGAAGGAAUUCCGCACCAAGCGCGAUCGUAAACUCCAGAAGGAGCGCAAGGCGGUGGAGAAGGACAUGAAGCAGGCGGAUGCCUUGGUCUCCCACGAGGAGAGAGACAAGAACCAGGCCGAGACGUUGAAACUGGUGUUCGGAAUCUACUUCCGGAUCUUGAAGCAACGAAUCCCCAACCUGAUGGGCCCGGUCCUUGAAGGUCUCGCCAAAUACGCCCACCUGAUCAACCAGGACUUCUUCGGCGACUUGCUCGAAGCCCUGAAAGAACUCAUCGGACACGCGGACCAGAGCGAACUGGAAGGAGACGACGAAGAGGCAGACAACGACGAGGACGAGACGACCACGCGAGACGCUCAGCGGGAGGCCCUCCUCUGCACCGUCACUGCCUUUGCCCUCCUGGAAGGACAGGAUGCCAGCAAGGCCGCCGCCACGCUGCAUCUGGACCUGAGCUUCUUCAUCAAGCAACUCUAUCGCUGCCUCUACUCUCUCUCCGUCAACCCCGACAUCGAAUUCAACCCCAACAAAUCCCUCCGUCUUCCCGACCCCAACAUGCCCGACCACUCGUCCUACCGGUCUCGCAACAAGGUCAACUUCCAGACCCCCACCGUCCUCCUCCUCCGCUGCAUUUCAUCCACCCUACUCUCCCGCGCCCACGGCACGCCGCCCUCCGUCCGCCUCGGCAGCUUCACCAAACGCCUAAUGACCACCUCCCUUCAAGUCCCCGAGAAAUCCGCCAUCGCGACCCUGGCGCUGCUGAACCAGGUCGCCAAGCACCACGCGCGCCGAAUCUCGCCGCUCUGGCACAGCGAGGAACGCAAGGGAGACGGCGUGUUCAACCCGUACGCGCAGGACGUCGAGGCUACAAAUGUAUUCGCAGGAACGGUGUGGGAGGGAGAGCUCUUGCGGAAUCACUACUGUCCGCAAGUCCGCGAUGCGGUGGUGGAUAUGGAGAAGAUGAUUUCGAGAAAAUAAGUUUCAAUUCUGUACAUACCCCGUUGCCAUGCC